UCAGACAGGGACCCUCGUCUCGGACCCUGAGUCCAUUCCCCAGAGCAGAGAGGCUGCCACCGCCGCCACUAUAAGCAGGCUGCAUUCCGGGCUCCCUCAUCUACAUGCAGAUAUCUACAGGGAGCACACGGCUGGCAGCGAGGGCGCUCCCGGGUCCUGCGGCUUCUACAAAGGGGGACAAGAGCUCACCCAGCUUCUGUGCAUUACAGCCCGACCUGGGAGAGCGCUACCCCGCUGCUGCCAUGCUGUGCUAUGUGACGAGGCCGGAUGCGGUGGUCAUGGAGGUGGAGGUAGAUGCCAAAGCUAAUGGAGAGGACUGCCUCAAUCAGGUGUGCAAACGGCUUGGCAUUAUUGAAGUGGAUUACUUUGGUUUACAGUUCAGUGGUAAUAAAGGAGAGAGUUUGUGGCUGAAUCUGCGAAACCGAAUAUCUCAGCAGAUGGGCAGCUUGGCUCCAUUUAGAAUGAAAUUAAGAGUCAAGUUCUUUGUGGAACCUCAUCUUAUUCUCCAGGAGCAGACUAGACACAUGUUUUUCCUGCACAUAAAGGAAGACCUACUGGCUGGCCGUCUGCCAUGUUCUCCAGAGCAGGCUGUGGAGUUGAGUGCCCUGCUGGCCCAAAUAGAGUAUGGAGAUUAUAAUCAGAACACUGCCCAAUAUAGCUACCAGAAUUUCUGCACAAGGGAGCUUGGAACUUCCACAUUGGAAAGUAUUAUUGAAAAGCAUAAAAGUUUGGAAGGGCUCAGCCAGGCCUCCGGGGAAUACCAGGUUCUUCAGAUUGUAUCCACGCAAGAGAACUAUGGGGUAGAGUGGCAUUCUGUGAGAGAUGCAGAAGGACAAAAGCUUGUAAUAGGCAUAGGCCCUGAAGGCGUUUCUAUCUGCAGAGAAGAUUUCAGCCAAAUUAAUAGGAUUACUUAUCCAAUUAUACAAAUGGCAACUCAAUCAGGGAAGAAUGUGUACUUGACUAUAACAAAGGAGUCUGGGAAUAGUUUGGUCCUUCUCUUUAAAGUGAUCAGCACCAGAGCGGCCAGCGGACUCUAUAGGGCGAUAACUGAAACGCAUGCUUUCUACAGAUGUGAUACAGUUACCAGUGCUGUUAUGAUGCAGUACAGCCGAGACCUCAAAGGGCACCUAGCAUCACUAUUCCUGAAUGAUGAUAUUAAUGUUGGUAAAAAGUAUGUGUUCGAUAUUAGAAGGACAUCAAAGGAAGCAUACGAUCAUGCAAGGAGAUCAUUGUACAACGCUGGCAUUAUGGAUCUGAGGAGUGACCACAGUGGCCAGAGCUCCCCUCUCAAGACGUCUGAAAGUACUCUGAACUGUAACAGCUGUGAGAACCUGGGCUGCCAGCAGACAAGGGCACUGCAGGAGAGGCUGAGGAAGCUGGAAGAAGCCAUGCUGUGCAUGUUGUGCUGUAACAAAGAAAUCAAUUCUGCUUUCUGCCCGUGUGGGCAUAUGGUGUGCUGUGAGGGAUGCGCCACCCAAUUACAGUCAUGUCCAGUAUGCAGGGCUUUGGUGGAUCAUGUUCAGCACGUUUAUUUACCAACGCACACAAGCUUGUUAAAUCUGACUGUCAUUUGAGAGGAGGGUGGAAACAGAUGAAGCCUUAGACACUUUAUAUGAAACUGUACCUGUGUACAUUGCCACAAACUACAUUACAAAGUGCUACAACCAUUGAACCUGCUACAACUAAAGAGUAUUGAAGAGGAUAAAAUGCAUCUGUCUGCAAGAAGACUCAUUCUAAAUGAGAUGUGUUCUUUCACUUCAGUUUGCCUUGUGAAGUUUUGUUCAUUGAAAAAGAACAGUAUGAAAAACUAUAUAUAUAUAUUUUUUUUUUCAAGCUAAAUAUAGCACAGAUCUGUUCCACUUGUACUAAGUCUAGAGAGGCUUUCAUGGUAAAGCUUCUCUUUGUCAUAUAGCCUGUUUGCUUUUAAAUGGGUGGGUUUUACCUUUUUUAGGUGUACUGUAUACACACAGGAGGCAUAAAUUGUUAUGGCCUGAGACAGUAUAGCAGCCUAUCAAAUGACUAGAAACCAGUGCAAUGUCCGGUUACUACUUGGGUGAUCGGUAUAGAUAUGUGCAAAUAUUACUGGCAUUGUGAGCAUUUUAUAUUGUACAUGUGGCUACAGCUAGACAUACAUACAUGCCAGUUUUUUAUUUUUGUGUACAAUAUCUUUUUUGAAAUGUCAUGUUUUCCUCCUUUUAGUAAAGUUGGUUCUCGGUUUAGGAAGAAAUGAUAAGCCAAAAUGAGUUACUAACAAUUGUGUGGCUCAAGUUUAAACACAAUCUAGUAACACUUCAGUUCUUAGAAAUUGUUGGGUUUUAGGGUAAAGUGACAUUUUAGGGACGUUUCUUUUUGGUUUUAAUUGUUUUAAUCCUUUAUUUUUAUUUGAUUCUUAAAUUCUUAUGUUAUCUCAUUUAAACAGUAUUAGAUGCUCCUAUAGCUGUAGUUAUAGCUUGACAAUGAUUCUUAGUUUGUUUUUAGAUUUAUUUAUUUUUUAUUUUUUUAUUUUUAAAAAGGGAGAUAUAUACCAUAAGUAUAGCAUAGGUCAAAGGACAUAAUGUUGGUUGCUGGCCCCGAUACGCUAUAGAUUAGACAUUAGCCACACCUCUAGAAUGCGAUGAUAAAACCAUUCUGUUUAAUCAGUAUUUGUCCUCCAGUCUUAUUGCAUUCUUACCGACUUCAUAUGUUUUAUACGGGUGGUCUUCAGUAUGCCGACUGUCGGGAUCCCGGCACACAGUAUACCGGCGCCGGAAUCCCGACAGCCCGCAUACCGACACUUUUUUUUUUUUCUCCCUCGUGGGGGUCCACGAUCCUCCUAGAGGGAGAAUAAAAUAGCGUGGCGCGCUCCACCGUGCCCGCAAGGGGCUCAUUUGCGCUCGCCACGCUGUCGGUAUGCCGGCGGUCGGGCUCCCGGCGCCGGUAUGCUGGUCGCCGGGAGCCCGGCUGUCGGCAUACCACACUACACCCGUUUAUACACUAGUGCUAUAUGUUUCUAUGUUUUCAAUGUGUAUUUUAUUGUUCUAAACCAUGUUCGCCAUAAUCUUCUGUCUUUGUUGAUCUUUGGGCAUUAUGGUCCUGCAAGAAGUUCACUAUGUGUCUGGUAUUGUCUUCACUGAAGUUCACUUUUGAAAUUGUAAGAUACUCCUUUCUAAUGAGCCGGACUCUUGCCACAGUGCGUGUCGGACGUAUCUGUACUCCGCUACAGUAAAUUGUAGGUGGCCAUAAUGGUGCAAUACCAGCAAAUCAAAAGCUGGGGAAAUUUUUACACUGUCACUUUAUGGAAAGUUCUUUAUAUACCUUUCUUAUUGCCUUAAUGUAGCAGUAAUCUGUUCUUUAUGCAUUUUUUGUUUCUUUGCACAGACAUUUUGUCAAAAUGAAUUAGAAAAUGGAUCUACUUUUAUAUGGCACGUUGAUGUAUAGCCUCAGAUUCCAAGAGGUAUUUAUUUUUUCACUUUGUAAAAUAUGGAUUUUGUUUCCACAUUCAACAAUGGAGUGUUAUCCUGUAUAGUGUGGUAGACAUUAUCUUGUCUUUUUAUAUUUAGUAAAAUAAAGGAUUUCUGAAGA